AUGUUACCAUUGCUCGGCGUGCUUGGCGGCGGCAGGUAUGCGUUGGACGUGAACACGGAGCGCGCGGAGGACGUGCUGACGCACAAGCGGCUGCUGGAGGAGGCGGCGCGGCUGCACGGGCUGCCCGUCUUCUUCGUCCGCGCCGUCCGGAUGGCGGCAGCGGGGGAGGCGGGGCAGCACGCGAGCAUGGAGACGGACGACCACCAUCCCGCCCUGCCGCCCCACGGCGCGCUAGCGCCGCCAGCGUUUGGGUCGUCGCCGAAUCUGGAGGAGCCGGUGGCGGGCGGCGGGCACGGCGGUGCCAUGGGCGACCACCGCCACGCCGACCUCAGUGCGCCGUACUACAACGUGCCCAUGCACGAAGUCACCUUCUCCACCUUCGACCGCCCCAAGCUGCUCAGCCAGCUGUCAGCGGUGUUGGCGGACGCGGGGCUGAACAUAAGGGAGGCGCACGUGUUCUCCACGUCCGACGGGCUCUCCCUCGACGUCUUCGUCGUCGACGGCUGGCCCACCGAGGACGUGGUGGAUCUGCAUGCAGCCUUGGUGCGCGUGCUGCAGAUGGGGGCGGGCGCAGCGCUCUCCAUGCAGCCAGAGGCGUCCGGCCAGUCAAUGCAGUCAGGGCCUGGCCCCGCGGGGUCGGAGUCAGCGGGCAUGGGGGGGCUGGGGGCAGGCGGGCAGGGGGCGGGGUCGUUGGUGUCGGGGGCGGAGUCACGCGUGCCCAUCCCCACGGACGGGCGGGACGAUUGGGAGAUCGACAGCCAGCAGCUCAAGCUGCACCACAAGAUCGCAUCCGGCUCCUUUGGUGACCUGUACCGGGGCACGUACUGCGGGCAGGACGUGGCGAUCAAGAUCUUAAAGCCCGAGCGCCUCAACGACUCGCUGCAGCAGGAGUUCGCCCAGGAGGUGUACAUCAUGAGGAAGGUUCGCCAUAAGAACGUGGUGCAAUUCAUUGGAGCCUGCACCAAGCCGCCUAACCUCUCUAUAGUCACAGAGUUCAUGGUGGGCGGCAGUGUGUACGACUACAUUCACAAGCAGCGCGGCAGCAUGCGGCUGCCCAUGGUGGUGCGCGUGGCCAUGGACGUGGCCAAGGGGAUGGACUUUCUGCACAAGAACAACAUCAUCCACCGCGACCUCAAGGCCGCCAACCUGCUCAUGGACGAAAACGAGGUGCGCUGCUCACUCUUGCUACUGCCCCUGCUGCCUGCUCCCAUCUGCCGUCCCGCCACUCAUUCCCCACCUAAGGCCCAUAGCCUUGCCCAUUCCCUUUCCCUCCCACCCCCCACCUCCCUGCCCCUCGCACAGGUGGUGAAGGUGGCGGACUUUGGGGUGGCGCGGGUGAAGGCGGGCAGCGGCAUCAUGACGGCCGAGACCGGCACGUACCGCUGGAUGGCGCCCGAGGUGAUAGAGCACCGCGCGUACGACCACAAGGCGGAUGUCUUCAGCUUUGGCAUCACGCUGUGGGAGCUGCUCACCGGCAAGCUGCCCUAUGCGGAUCUCACACCUCUGCAAGCAGCUGUCAGUGUGGUGCAAAAGGGGCUGCGGCCGCCCAUCCCCAAGGGAACACACCCGCGGGUGGCAGAGCUGAUGGUGCGGUGCUGGCACACCAACCCCGCUGAGCGCCCCGAGUUCAGCAUGGUGCUGCGCCUGCUGGCUGACAUGGCACACGAGUCGCAGGUGGAGGAGGAGGGCGAGGGCGAGCAGAGGCGCAGGGAGAGGCGAGGAGGCUUCUUCUCCUCGCUCAAGCGCACCGGGGGCAAGUGA